AGCUAGAGAGAGAGAGAGAGGAGGGGACGCGCUGUAACAGUACAAGCCGCCCGCCGACCCACCAACCGAACAGUGUGCCCUGUGGUCGGCGUGCGCGCUCCUUGUUUCCGCUACACGGUUCCGAAAUCAGAGAAACUUCUUCUGAUGCUCACAUGACAUCAGUGCUUCUCCCCCGGUGCGCGCGCGCGCUACCGGCGGACGCGUAUUAAUCGUUUGCCCACGCAACGCGUGUCACCAAAAAGCAACGUGAACUUGGUUGCAACACCAUCGUCAGGUUACAACAGGCUCGCUCCGCGGAUCGAAAGCUCAUCUGUCCGGCAGCGCUGCUGGCUCAUCACAUCUCCACCACUGAGGAUAUACUCAUUGGAAAUGAAAGAGGGGAAAGGAUAACCACAUGCACUGUAUAGACAUGAGAGGACCAAGGAGCACGUGAAGAUGUCCCAGAAGGCAACUAAAACAUGGUGCCUUAGGCUUCUCCCAAUCCUCCUCUUCUUCAUCUCCUUUGUCACAUACUACUGCUCCUAUGCCAUACUGCAGAGCUACGGCGGCACCAACAAGUCUCCGAACAGUAGCAAGUCGCUGUGUGGUGGCUGGCUAACCCAGAAGAAGUGGGAGAGCCUUAACUUUAACAUUAGCAGACAGACGCAGCUCUUUCUGAAACUGGAGGAUUUCUUCUGGCGGGAGCAUCUGUCAAAGCUGGCAUUACCUUAUGGCAUUAAGGGCAGUGAGCUGCUGCUACUGAAAGUUCUUGCUCUUAUUGCAAAUUAUCAGGUGCCAGCCAACAUUGAAAACCUUGAAUGCAGGACCUGCGUCGUCAUAGGCAAUGGCUUCGCCAUUAAAAAUAGCUCCUUGGGAAGCAUCAUCAACAAAUAUGACGUGGUCAUUCGAUUGAAUGACGCCCCAGUGAGGGGCUACGAAGAGGACGUGGGAAACAAGACCACCAUGAGGUUCUUCUACCCCGAGUCGGCCUCGUACAACCCCGGACUGCACAACGAGCCCGGAACGCUUAUGGUCCUGGUGCCUUUCAAGCAGCAAGAUCUUCGCUGGCUCAAAGAGAUCCUCUAUAAUGAGAAGAGGGUCAGGAAAGGAUUUUGGAAGCCCCCCCCCCAAAUCUGGUUGGGCGACAUGAGUAAAAUCCGAGUGCUGGACCCCGACUUUUUGCACCAGACUGCAGACAGACUGCUCCGGAUCCCUCUGUACCCCAAGAGCAAACAGCCAGUGCAUCCCACCACGGGUAUCCUCGCCGUGUUUGUUGCUCUCAACUACUGUGAUGUGGUCCACGUUGCCGGCUUUGGAUACCCCAACACAAAGAACCAAAGGCACCCUAUCCAUUACUACGGAUACGACACCAUGAAAUCCAUGAAGAAUUCCUACCACGACCUAAAUCAUGAAUCCGAAACCUUAAAAAGAUUGGAGGAUGUCGGGGCUAUUUUGUACCUUCACCCGCAUUUAUGAUACACAACACUAAAUGAUGACAUUUGGUUUAAUGUGCCUUCUGCAGUGGGAUACAAGACUGGUGCAUUCAGACACCGUGCGGAGUUACAGGUUUGUCUCACUGACGCCUUACAUUCUGUUUAAAUGAAAGACGCGAAAAGUUGAUGAUUUCACUGCUUUUUUAUUAUUUUUUUUAAUGGCUUUCCUUAAAUUUGUUAAUAACCUUUGGUAACAGGGCUCAGCAUUUUGCAUAGCGUUUCCACUUUUCUAAUUGUUAUGGGUUUUGAAUCACAGCUUUCAAAGUGAGUUUGCAGGACACUAUUCAUGUGACAGCAAAAGUCACGUCGGAUCAAGUCAGAGUUUUUGAUAAUUCAAUGCUUUAAUGUUGUUUUUAAUCCAUGCAUAUCAUUGAGCUGCAAAAUUAAUCAAACUGGAUUAUUUGUCACUCAACCUGGUUUGAGAUUAUUUUUUUUUAAUCCCAUCAAGUCAGAAUCUGUUUUAAGGUAAAGAGGUGUGAUAGAAUCUAUGUUUGUUUUUUUGGUGAACUUUACUGUUAAUGUACAUUUUACAUUAAAUUAAAAGAAAAUGAAUUGAUCAGAAACCUAAUUUGCACAGGAUUAGAUUCUUAAUUUUUUGUUUCUUGGACUGGAAAUACGACUUGUAUUUUGCCCAUUUGUAAGAGUUUUGGUGACAGUUGUUUUUGGAAUUUUAAUUUAUUUAAUCUUUAUCAUUGUUAUAAUUGUCUUUCUUUUUCUGAAACAAUACCAGUAAAUGGUACCACUGGAUAUUUUCUAAUGUACAGAAUGAAAUACAUUUUUAAUUAAAAGGAAAUCAAAAUGGCA